UCCCGGCCCUUCCCGGCCCCUUCCGCCCGGCGGCUCCGCCUCGGCCCCGGGACACUCGGUUAGGAUUUGACUAUGGCAGUGCGGUUCCUGCAGAAGACAUCUGUGUGGUUAAAGAAGCACAGGAUCACUGUGUUGGCCGUUUCUUGCGUGGGACUGUUUGGCACAAACCUUUCCUAUCAUGUGUUUCCUGAGCAGACGUUCAAACUGUUGCACGAGUGCUGGUCAGAGGGGCAGCCAGCUGAGCUUUCAGAGAGGCUCUGUGGUGUGUUUCAGGAUGUCCUUCAAGAUACUGCUGUGAAGUCCACUGACUCCUACAGAGCCUUCGAAGCUUCUGGCUUCCACCCUGUGAGUGCUGGAAUUCCCUGGCUGCCUGCAGGCUCUUUGGUGGGCAUCCCACCUAACUUUGAUAGCACAGAUGAGGACAAAAAAGGAAUAGUCAACCAUGUUGUUGUGAUCAAUGGCAAGGAAGUAGACUGGGAAAGCAGCGAAGGUGUUGCUUUGAGGGAAGCUCUCACGUUUUCACUCCAAGCUCAGAAGUUUGCCAUUGCCAGAGAAGUUAUGUAUUUGCAGAAUGGCAGCCCUUUAAAAAGUGCAGUUGUGGCUCCAACUUGCUUAGCUGGUACAUUUCUCUGUACAAGAGGUAUAAAGCUCCUUCUGGGUUUAUCUCAUGGCCCUGUGAUACUUCGCAGCCUCUGUAACAUCGUAACUGCAGCUGGUGGCCUGCUCUGCUAUUACCUCUCUUGUGAAGCUCUGACCUAUCACCUGGACUGCAAGGCUGACAGAAGGGCAGCCAUGGUUUCCAAAGACUAUGCCAGAGGUGGGGUGGAAUUUUAUGAUAAAAUCUUGUCCCGCAACAGGAUUCUUCGUGGUCUGAUGGGCACAGAAGGGAUGAAAAUGUACGCCCCCAGUGGUAACCUUUUCCCAAAGCACUGGUUCAGAAUAAAGUAUACGCCAUACACUUACCGGAGAAAUUUGAUUGUUAAUAUUUUAAGAGAGCUCCCGGCAUAGGAUGGGAAUGCUUGAAUUUUAAGCUUGUGAAUUAUGUAUUUUGAAGCACUGCUGUGCUGCCUCUUUUUUUUUUUUUUCCUUCUGUAUCUUCAUUAGAAUUUCGGGGUUUAUUUUUGCAUAUAGUUUGGAAGGAGUUCUUGCACAUUCCCUUAAUAAAGAAUUCUCUCUUAAAAUAUUAAA